CUGGAGGUGUAAUGCAUUCUGGGAUACCGAGGUCAUCAUUGGUUCAGUUCUUCUCGCUUGAGGGAAAAUCGCAAUCUGAUGGAAAGAAUGGAGGAGAAUGAGCAUCACACAGCAACAUUUUGUUGAUCAGUGUGGAUCUCAAGGAGUAUCACUGGAGUACGUCACCUUUUAGACAAGGGGUUAUCUGCAGCUUGAUUUAAUGCAAGCUGCAGACCUGCUUGCAGUUAUAGCACACCAUGUCCUGCAGGAUGUGUUUGGCUUUGGUGAUAUUUUAAGAGGAUCCAUGUUUACAGCAUUCCAAGAAUCAAACGUGAAGAAAAAGCAACAAUAAAAUUUUCUUUUUUUUUUUUCUUUUUUUUUUUUUAAACAAAAGAAAGGUUUGUGCGCAUAAACAGACCUUUUGGAUAGUAAGCCUGCCAUAUUUUUUGUCCUUUUUUACAGUCAAAUUGCCAAGGAACACUGCCCGUCAUGAGAUUCCGAAUCUACAAGAGGAAAGUGUUUAUACUGACUGUGGUGGUGCUGGCAUGUGCCUUUGCCUUUUGGAGCAGUGGAAAGCAGAAGAAGAGUGACAUGUUCUCAAAAGAGAUAGAAGUUGCAAGAAGCAACAGGGCACAAGUCACCCCCGGGCACAGGAGACUUUUUAAUGAAACGCAGCCCGAGAAAGUCGCAAAACCAGAGGUGGACAAUAUGACUUUGGUUUACAGGGGGAUUGUGUUUCAGUUGAACUUUGACCAGACUAUCAGAAACGAGGAGAAGUUCAAGGCACGUCAACAAGAUGAGCUGGUGGUGGUGGUCCAAGUCCACAACCGACCCGAGUAUUUGAAAUUGUUAGUAGAGUCUCUUCGGAAGGCAAGGGGAAUAGAGAAUGUGUUUCUCAUAUUUAGUCAUGACUACUGGUCACCAGAGGUCAACCAGGUGGUCGCCACUGUUGAUUAUUGCCAAGUCCUUCAGAUCUUCUUCCCCUUCAGCAUCCAACUUUACCCUCAAGAGUUCCCAGGGAACGACCCCAAAGACUGCCCCAGAGACAUUCCUAAGAAAGACGCCUUAAAGUUGGGCUGCAUCAAUGCAGAGUACCCUGAUUCCUUUGGCCAUUACAGAGAGGCCAGGUUCUCCCAAACUAAGCACCACUGGUGGUGGAAACUGCACUUUGUCUGGGAGAGAGUCAAAGCCUUAAAAGACCACAAGGGACUGGUGCUCUUCAUCGAGGAGGACCACUUCUUGUCACCCGACUUCUACCAUGUCCUCAAGCUGAUGGAAUCUCUGAAGAGGGAUCAGUGCCCUGAAUGUGACAUCCUGUCCCUGGGGGCCUACAGCCACACUGGCUUUAGCAGCAAGGUGAACAAGGUGGAGGUGAAGGCCUGGAAGUCCACAGAGCACAACAUGGGCAUGGCUAUGAGCAGGGAGACCUACCAGAAGCUCAUUCAGUGCACAGACACCUUUUGCACCUAUGACGACUACAACUGGGACUGGUCGCUGCAACACGUCACCAUCACCUGCUUGCCGGAGUUUUGGAAGGUAAUGGUGAGUGAGGCACCACGCAUUUUCCAUGCCGGGGACUGUGGGAUGCAUCACAAGAAGGCCUGCAUGCCCUCCAGCCAGAGGACCAAGAUCGAGAGCAUCCUCCAAGGCAGCAACGACCAGCUGUUUCCAAAGAGUUUGCUCAUUAACAAGAGACUGCCUGCUGUUGGGGUGACUCCUCACGUCAAGAACGGGGGCUGGGGGGACAUCAGGGACCAUGAACUCUGCAAAAGCUACCGCAGGUUACAGUGAAUUUUUUUGUCUCCUUCGCAUCCUUCUUCAAAGCCUUUACAAUAUAUCUUUCUUUUUUUUCUUGGACCGUUAUUUUGCCUGUGGAUUUAUGGGACUGUCCCAAAUAAAGUAAAUGGGGUUUGGGCUUAUAUUGGAGUGUCUUUUAAUAACAUAAGUAAAACUUUUCUUGUGAAUGACUUGAGUGGUUGAGUGAAUUCUAUUUAGAAGCAUUUCUUAACAAAUUAUUUUAUUCAUGUAUGUAGUAAUACUCUUAUACAAAGAAUGGUAUAAUAUAUAUAUAUAAGUUUUCACAAAAUGCCAUUAUUGUUAAAUGAGUCAGAGGUAUAUUUUAAAGAAAAGUGGGUCUGCUGGUGUAUCCUUGAUUUUGUUGUUCUGCCAAUUCCCUUGAGUACUGAACGUACAUGUUGAGGCCUGCGUUUUGUAAACUGGACCAUCCCACUCAAAUAUGAAUCGGAUAACACCUCCAGUUUCCGAGACCACACGUAUUCAGGUUAAAUGAAAAUGAUGAAAAGAAUGCAUGAAAAAAUACAACCAUUUUUCAUUGUGGGGGUAUGAAAUUAUUUUCCGUGAUCAAAUUUCAGAUAAACAAUAAAAGCCCAGUUGCCCUGGAAAAGA